AUGAACACAUAUAUAUUGGCCCAGGUGCUCGGCAAGAUCACGAAAGAUGGCGUGUUCAUCGAACGGCUGGAAACUGACCCGUCCAAGUACCUACCCGAUAUCAAAGAGAACCAGGUUUCAGAAGAAGUGGUGCAAGUGGACCUCAACCGACCAAUGAAGGACAUCCUUAGUGAACUCACCAAGCACCCCAUCAAGACCCGCCUGUCACUCACUGGGACCAUUGUCGUGGCGCGUGAUAUCGCCCACGCCAAGCUAAAGGAGCGUAUUGAGAGUGGGGAGGGUCUGCCACAGUACAUGAAGGACCACAUUGUAUACUAUGCCGGCCCUGCCAAGACUCCUGACGGCUACGCCUCUGGCUCGUUCGGCCCCACCACCGCGGGACGGAUGGACUCGUACGUUGACCUGUUCCAGAAGAACGGGGGCAGUAUGGUGAUGCUGGCCAAAGGCAACCGCAGCAAGGCUGUGACCAAGGCCUGCAAGGACAACAAGGGCUUUUACCUGGGCUCCAUUGGAGGGCCUGCAGCUAUCCUGGCGCAGAACAACAUCAGGAAAGUGGAGGUGCUCGACAAUAAGGAGGACGGCAUGGAGGCCGUGUGGAAGAUUGAAGUAGAAAACUUCCCGGCAUUCAUUGUGGUGGACGAUAAAGGCGAGGACUUCUUCAAGAAGUGGAGUGUCUAAAUCGGUUAACCCUUCGGAAAAACUGAGCUCGCCGAAUACAAAGAAUACGUAACGAACCACUUCAGACGACUUCACAUCUUACGACUGAUUUAGUAUAUACUAAACCGACGGAGGCACCUCUAUUGGGGAUCGUAGAGGAGCAUCGCCAGGUGAUCUUUGUGCUACAUUUCUAAUCUCUAGUAUAGUUUUGUUAAGGAUGAUCGGCAACUCACUAUGCUACCGUCGCCCAAGAGUGGGUAACAAUGUCCCCGCCCCUAAUUCUGCCAGAUGGGGCAGCUUUUGCUCGGGAGAUUCAAUUAAAGAACGCCGCUAAAUGUUGUUGACCUUAUCACGUUGUAGCUAGCGGGUAGGUGUAGAACCGUUGGUAAAUCUACCACCUGUAUAUCAUCCCUUUGAGAAACUGUAGUGUGGGCUUGUAUCCUACUUUGAUUCGUAUACGAGCCUACCAUUAAUUAGGCUCGCA